AUGGAUACACCAACACCAGAAUACUCUCCAGGAGACAUUGGAUGGAUCCUCACCUCUACAGCACUUGUAUGGCUCAUGAUACCCGGCGUUGGCUACUUUUACUCGGGAAUGGCCAGAUCAAAAAACGCACUCUCGCUUAUUGUCUGUUGCGUACUCUCUCUUGUAGUUGUCACUUGUCAGUGGUUUAUAUGGGGAUACAGUCUAACUUUUAGUAAAACCGGCUCUAUUUUCCUUGGAAAUCUUGACAACGCUUUCUUGCGUGGAGUAUUAGGAGAACCAUCUAUUGGAAGCAGUAAACUCCCUGAUCUUGUGUUCUGCAUAUAUCAAUGCAUGUUUGCAGCCCUUACACCUGCCCUUGCUAUCGGAUCUGCAGCUGAGCGCGGCCGUCUGUUACCAAUGGUUUUGUUUAUGUUUAUUUGGUCCACUGUUGUAUACGACCCCAUCGCUUACUGGACCUGGAAUCCCAAUGGUUGGAGUGCCAAACUUGGUGGCCUCGACUUUGCUGGUGGAACCCCUGUUCACAUUUCCAGUGGAUUUGCCAGUUUAGCCUAUGCUUUAGUCCUUGGAAAACGUCAGGGCCAUGGUCAUUCUAAUGACUUUAAGCCUCACAACAUGUCCAAUGUUGUGCUGGGUACUGCACUUCUGUGGUUCGGUUGGUUUGGAUUCAAUGGCGGCUCAGCUCUUUCUGGAAACCUCCGUGCCGCAAUGGCUUGUGUAGUCACAAACCUUGCUGCUGCUGUAGGUGCAAUUACCUGGAUGUGCAUCGACUAUCGUAUUGAGCGCAAAUUCUCUGCCCUCGGUUUCUGUUCAGGCGCUGUAGCUGGCUUGGUGGCCAUCACUCCUGCCUCUGGCUUUGUCGGUCCUGGACCAGCUGUUGCCAUUGGCUUUUUAGGGGCUGUUGCCUGCAAUUUGGCCGUUCACCUCAAACACUGGCUCAACUUUGACGAUGCUCUCGACGUAUUUGCUGUGCACGGCGUUGGUGGAUAUAUUGGCAGUCUCUUGACCGGCAUUUUCGCUGAAAAAUAUAUCGCUGCCUUGGACGGAGCAACUGAAAUCGAAGGUGGUUGGAUGAACCACAAUUGGAUCCAGUUUCCUCAUCAACUCGCAGAUGCUACUGCCGGUGCUGCAUGGUCUUUCUUCAUCACCUAUCUCAUCCUAAUCAUCAUGGACCGUAUUCCUGGUCUGUCUCUCCGCGUCGAUCUUGAAGGCGAAAUCCGCGGUCUGGAUGCUGCCGAAAUUGGGGAGAACGCCUACUACCAUGUGGACAAAAUCGUAGCUGUUGAUCCUGCCACGGGACAACAAAAGAUUGUCGCAGAACACAUCAGAGGAGUAAAUGACCUCAAUACUCCCCAAGGAGAUAUGCAAGAAAAGUAG